CUAGACUGUUGGUAGUGCGUAGCCAGCAGGCUCGGCGUGCAUUACAUGCGGGGGAGUAACGUCGUACCGGUGUGCUUGUCAAGUACGGCUCGGUCGCGCGAGGUACGGUGGUGGAUAAUUAGCACAGGCCGCUGUGCGUCGCUACCCAAUAAUGUUGCGAGGUCGGUAUAUUUCGUUAGUCCCCUUGCACUUGGUCUGGCGAUAGUUCAUGUCCGGGUUGCUACGAGCAUGGGAGUUGUUCGUCCCUGGCAUCCCUCGUGUGCACUCGUACGUGACUAGUGUCUCGUGGCCAAGCUUCUCUGCCUAUACUCGUAGAUUGCCUUGCUGUGCGGACAGUAUCCUCGCGUGCUCGUUGCACCACCUCUACCACCAUGUCGCCCGCACUUGUUAACGACAACGGCAACAACAGCACGACCAACAUCUUCAACAAAGAUAAGAGCUUCUGGAACAACUACAACAAAGGCCGGCCGCAGCCGCCCAAAUCUCUCACCGAUCGCAUCUUCAAGUAUCACGAGCAGCACGGGGGUGGUUUCACAACAGCCCACGACGUUGGUGCAGGGGACGGGCUGUACGCAGCCAAGCUGAAAGCGCGCUUCGCUCACGUCAUCGUCUCGGACAUCAGCGCAUCCAAUGUCGAGCUUGCGAAGCGACGGCUAGGGCAGGACGGUUACUCGUACCGCCAGGCCAGGGUCGAGGAUGCAGGCAGUGUUGACGACGCCAGCGUCGACCUGGUCUUUGCCGCCAACGUAAUGCACUUCCCUGAUCAAGCGCCCGCCAUGGCGGCUAUUGCACGGCAGCUGCGGCCUGGCGGCACUUUCGCCGCAGCCGCCUUCGGGCCGGCUCGCUUCGACGAUGAGGCGCUGCAGGCGCUAUGGGAGCGAAUCAGCGAGCAGGGGGGGCAGGAGCUGCUCGACAAGGCAGGCGCAGGGGAGCAAGCGAAGACGAUCGCCGUCAUGGCAAGGACCGAGGGCACAUACAACACCGCCCCGCUUGACACGUCCCUCUUCCAGCCAGGCGCCCAGCGAGUGCACCUCAACAUGCACCGUGGUGGGCUGACGGGCAUGCUGCCUGCAUCAAAGACGCACCUCAAUACUGAACCGAACCACACAGGGCCCGACGAUGUCGACGUGUUCGAGGAAGAAGCGGGCUGGGAGUUCGAAAUGGAUCGGGCGGGCGUCAGAGAGCAUGCCCUCUCCUUCCCCUUCAUUUCAGAUCAGUCGCCAGCCAUGGCGCGCUUGUUCGACGAGUUGGACUCGAUGCUUGCGCCAGGUACGUCUGCGCGUGGCCGAUGGCCCGCCAAGAUCAUUCUUGCGACGAGGCGAUGAGCCGGAUACUACUAUCUCUCAAGGAGGCUGUAAGUAUAGGAAGUACGGGUAGAAAUUUGUUUCCUACACGAGAAUAGAUUAAGUCUGUACGUAAUAUAUACAGUGGAUACGCUAAGCGAAUUAAAUUCUGGAAAAGAUU